UGAUGCUUGCAACGAUGACGGGGAGCUGUCUCUCUCUCUCUCUCUCACGCAUAUUGCAAGCAUCUCCGUUGGUUGCACGGAUCAUUAGCGAUAAAAAAAAACUCGAGUGCCUUUUUUUGCAGACAGAAAAAAAAAACUCAGCUUAUAACUUAGGAUUGCAUCGUGGAGACACCAGGGCUGGUUGGAACGUGGAGAAGAGUAAAACAAAAAUAGCAGCAAAAUAUACCGCGGAUCAUCAACAUGUUCCGCGGAAGUUGUCAAAUCAUUGAGGUACAGCAUAUAUAUAAAAGGAUGCUCGAACAGAAAAGCUUCUUUCUUUCAACCAUCCACCCUUUUCCCCGCACACACAACGAACAGUACUGAACCCGCCUUACCAUUUGACUACCACCAUGUCUACCGAAGUUGCAUUGUUUGAAGAAUCUUUCAUCUCCCCCCAGGUCCAGGCUGCUCUCCCCGAAGGUUACACGGUCCGGCCUCUGCGCGAAAACGACUACGAGCGAGGCUUUCUCAAGGUCCUUGAAGUACUGACCGAGGUCGGUACCCAGACUAAAGAACAGUGGCUCGAACGCUUUAACUACUUCAAGCAACACAACCACGAAUAUUUCACCAUUGCGAUCUGUGAUGAUCGACAGAACAAAGUUGUUGCUGCAGGCACCAUCUUCGUCGAGCGUAAAUUCGUACACAACAAUGGUUUAGUGGGUCACAUUGAAGACAUUGCUGUUGAUGGUAACCAACAAGGCAAGAAGUUGGGUCUCCGCAUCAUUGAAACUCUCAAGUACAUUGGAGCAAAGAAGGGUUGCUACAAAGUGAUCUUGGAUUGCUCGGCCAAGAAUAUUCCUUUCUACGAAAAGUGCGGGUUCACUCAGAAGGAGUAUGAGAUGGCAUGGUAUGUCCCUGCUACCAAGGCUCAUCUGUAAGAAACAAAGAAAAAAAAUCGUUUUGUCUGUAUACCAUCAUUUCCCUAUCAUUCACCACCACAACUACUAUCAACCACUUGAAGUUACAACUCGUCAUUCUCAAACUGUAUCAUUACCACGCACUCAAUAAAACAUGCAUCGUUUUGCAAAAGU